ACCAAUCGUUUUCGGAAAACUGUCGGUGGUCGCUCACAGAAGAAAAAAAUACACACACUGGGGGUGCCACCGCGCGUAUAAAUCUAUAGAUACAGCCUAGUGUGUAUCUACAGAAUGAUUAAUCAAUCACGGCGUGGUGAUUAUUCAAAUUAAUAAUGUAUAAUUGCAUUGAUAUAAACCUAAAACAGAGGCAGAAAAAGAUGGUUAAACCAUCGAUAAGCGCCAAAAAGGAUAAAGACACGCGCACACACACACUGCUGCUCUACUUCUCACUCCUCUCUCUCUCUCUAUCUCUAUCUCUCUCACUCAUCUAUUGGAGCGAGAAAACCGAGAUCUGAAAGCAAUGGCUGUGGAUCCGAGGCAGGUGCUGGCGGGGGUGUUGACGGUGACUAUGUUCGUAAUGCUCGGCGACAUGAUCAAGCGCGACCAUUUCGAUGCGGUUCAACCAACUGUUCAUGAUACGAACAAGGCUUCGGAGCAUACCAUUGCUAGUGUUGCAAAAGGGGCUGAUGGCCCUUGGAAGGAGGAUGGCCUGACCUUGAAGCCGUGUUGGAAGAAGCCGGUCUUGGAGGAGGCAGUUGAAUCACUAGGAUACGUCACCUUCUCACUCACUAAUGGCCCCGAAUACCAUGUUUCUCAGAUUGCUGAUGCUGUAGUUGUUGCAAGACAACUACGGGCGACACUUGUAAUCCCAGACAUUAGAGGAAGUGAACCUGGUGACAGAAGGAACUUCGAUGAUGUCUAUGAUGUUGAUAAAUUCAUUACGAGCCUUGAUGGAGUGGUCAAAGUCGUUAAAUCUCAACCUAAAAUAUCAGCUCGUAAUCUUGCAGUAGUGAAGGUCCCUAAUCGGGUUACUGAAGGAUAUAUUGCUGACAAUAUAGAAACAGUUUUCAAAACCAAGGGAAACAUAAGGCUGGUUACCUACUUCCCAUCAGUUAACAUGAAAAAAGAUAAAGAGAAGACCAACACAGACUCUGUUGCAUGUUUAGCCAUGUUUGGGACACUCGAGCCUCAAACAGAAGUUCGUGAAGUUGUUGACUCCAUGAUUGACCGUCUCAAGACCCUCAGUAAGAAGUCAAACGGACAAUUUGUGGCGAUUGACUUGAGGGUCGAAAUACUUGAGAAAAAGGGUUGUCACAAGAAUGGUGGUUCUGGAUCCAAAAGUUGCUACAGUCCACAAGAUAUAGCGUUCUUUUUGAAGAAGCUGGGCUUUGAAAAGGACACCACGGUUUACGUGACCCAGACGAAAUGGCAUAGCAGUCUUGAUGCUCUAAAGGACUUCUUCCCGAAAACUUAUACAAAGGAGUCCAUAAUGCCAAUGGAGAACAAAGAUAAGUUCCUGAACUCGGACACUACUGAAUUUGAGAAGGUAAUAGACUACUACAUUUGCUCGGAGAGUGAUGUUUUCGUUCCGGCCAUAUCCGGGCUCUUUUAUGCUAAUGUUGCUGGAAAGAGAAUAGCUUCUGGCAAGACUCAGAUACUUGUUCCUGCAGACAUUCCUAGCUCAACCGCAGCUCCCGAAGAAUUCAUAUCUUCUUAUGUGACGAAAAAGAACCACUUUGCAUACUCAUGUUUUUGCUAGGUUGAGAUUAUGGACAAUUCUCCCAUACCAAGUUGUGAAGUGCUCUAUUUAUAAGCUGCGGUUAAGGUUUGUUUCGCAAAAUGUAUUUCAGCUGUUUCUAAGUGAAACUUCUCUCUCUCUCUCUCUCUCUCUCUCUCGUUUUGCCUUAAAAGGGUUUUUGGUAGGUUGCAUAGGCGCUUUGUUGUGAUGUAAAAGAGACACUUCAAAUGAUUUAUUGAUACAUUGUAUACUUGUUGUCACAUCCAUGUUUGGUAGUCAUUUAAGAAGUGUGAAUUGAUUCCUCACUUUCA